CUGCACGCAUGUGACGCCUCCACCCGCUACAGCUGUAGGAGAAUUCCCCAGCACAGUCCCAUUAGAAAAAGAUACUACGAGCGCGUUAAUCCUCUACAUCGGAGGGCACAAAUAAAUAGGAUAAAAUGAAAUUCCGAUUUCUAGGCGAUGGAGAUUGUCCCGAUUGGCUGCUGGCCGAAAUUAAUACAUUAUCACGUAUGACGUCUAUUAAAAUCAAACUAUUGGCCCAGACAGUUGCAAAGUACCUUGCGGAUGGGGAACUCGACGAGGAAAAGGUACAGAAAAUUACUCAAGAUGCUAAAGUCGAGCCGAGCGACGCGAAAGCCAUGAUAGCCGCACUCGAAUUGAUAUUCGCAUCAUCCGCGCGAUACGGUGUUUCUGCUGCUGACUUGAGUAGCGAACUUCAACAGCUGGGCCUACCUCGAGAACACAGCGCGGCAAUUGCUCGACUGCAUACAGACAAUAGCCCUCGGAUCACAGAUGCUCUGUCGUCGCAAUCGCUAAGAGUUAGUCGAUUGGCAGCGAUCCACGUGUUACCUUGCGAUAGUUCGGCCCCGUUCGCCACGGUAUCUCUCAAGUUAAGUAAAUUAGGCGGCACCGGAGAUGAUUCUAUCGUCAAUAUCUCGCAGGAUGAUGCACAAGUCUUACUUGCAGAAUUACGGAGAGCAAAAUCGUUAAUGGAAAAUCUCUAAUUGUAAGUGUUACGCGUCCAAGGAUUCAUCGUAUAUGAUACUUUUAUGUUGGUGAUCAUAAUAAUGCACACUGCAUCGAUUACAAUAGUAAUACAUUCAUGUAUAACAGUAUAAGGUUGGGAGUAAUGGAAUCUGAUAUAGU